GACAUGACGUGACCCGUGCAGACAGAUCAUUCGAGUCACCUGCACAAAACAAGCAACCUGCCCAGAUCAUGGUGGUAUUUGCCUUCUCAUCUGUCCCUGGCUUCCAGGUUUCUCAGUGGUCUUGGAUCCCGGGGCUUCCGCUCCGAAUUGGCUGUUCGCGCUCCGGCGCCGGCCUCGACAGUCGCCGUCCAGAACAAGCCAUCACUGCCUCGAGACUGUACAAGCAAGCUGGCCUGUCAAGUCACAAUCGGGUUGUUUGUUCCCUUUGGUCAUUCGCGUCAUGCUUGCGUGCCGUCUGCGUGUCCGGAUCUGCAUCGGCGAUGAGCUGGGCAGGUCGAGAGGAGUGGCCGGCCAGUGUUGUGCCUCGGCAGCGCGAGGUGCCCAGGUAGCGAGCGAUGUGCGCUGCUGAAGCAAGGGAAGCGGUCCAGCAUGCAUGAUGAUGGACGGCCUAGCUGCUCUUUGCAUGUAGAAGCAUGGUUGGCCGCAGGGCGGGCUCGACGCUCGGCCAGAGCUCUCGUGAUGGGUCGGCACGCUCGAGCUGCGUCAAGACCGCGAGUUUCCGUUGGUCGACCCCGAAGUCGAGGUUGUCUGGAAACUUCGGCUGGGCCCCGUCAUCUCACCACCAGUACCGCUCGGUCUGCUAGCUUUUCGCUCGGCCUUCUCGGCAUUGGCCAACGAGCACGUCUGAGAUGUUGUGCGAUGCUGCCUAGGAUGCGCUCGUCGUAGUGAACGCGUGCUCGGCCUGGUGUAUAAGAAUCGAGGAGCUUCCCUCGCCCCGGCCUGUCCUGCCCUCCUCAUACUGCCUUCGUUCAGAGGUGCACCUCCCGGAAGAGCCUCCUGUGGCACAAUUUGUAUCUGUACCGGACAGAGUCCCUUCAGCCCUCCUAUACCCAGCCCCAGCACACCGUUGAUACAAUGAUCCUACCGAGAGCAAACGAGGCGUUGCAGAUCAACCCACCUGCAGGCCAGCAGGCGUUAUCGGUGAAUGGCUCAAACUGGCUGUGGGCCGUCACGGCUAUCUUUGUGUUGGAAUUCCUUGGCUUCUUCGGGUUGACCUUUGUGGCUCGAUCGAGGGAGAAGAUAUUCCAUUAUUUGUUCGCCGUCACCCUCCUCGUCGGCUCCGUUGCCUACUUCGCCAUGGCCUCAGACCUGGCCUGGGACGUCAUAAGCCAGGCGAAUGAGACCCAGAAUGGUGAUCGUCAGAUCUUCUUCGCCAAAUACGUCUACUGGGUUGUGUCUUUUCCUGUUGUGACAAUUGCCCUCGGUCUUGUUAGUGGCGUCUCUUGGGCAAGUAUUCUCUACAACGUCACCCUCUCUUGGGUCUGGGUUCUGUCGUACUUGUUCAGUGCCUACACGGCAUCUACAUACAAAUGGGGCUUCUAUGCGUUCGGCACUGCCGCGUAUCUUCUACUUGCCUACAGUACCCUGUUUGAGGGUCGACAGUCUCUGGCCACGCGUGACUUCGGUCCAGCUCGCAGUCACCACACGCUACUUUCCGCCUGGACCAACCUUCUCUGGCUUAAUUACCCGAUUGCUUUCGGUAUAUCAGAUGGAGGCAACAAGAUUGGUGUAACGCCCAGCUUUAUCUACUUCGGUAUUCUCGACCUGCUUAUGGUUCCCGUCCUAGCCGUUGCAUUCUUGUUCCUUGCUCGCCAAUGGGACUACGGGCGCAUGAACAUAGCCUUCACCCAAUACGGACGUGUGAGAGCUUCUGAAGGGACUUACCCUGAGAAGAGCACUGCUGCCCAUGGCCCUGCGGGCGGACCUGUGACCGGGGAGCCAGCGCCAGCUGCAGCAUAGACCACCCAUUGUCAGCAAUCUGGAUAUCUUGACAUUGAGGUACGAUCGAUGUUACGUGACCAUCGCUUCUGCUUCCGAUAGUACCAGUGCUGUGUUGACUGGGCCUGGGUGUGGACUCAACCUUGGAACCGAGGAGGUUAGAAGAUCACACUACAGAACCAACUUGCUCCCGAACAUUUUUGAAAUUGUAAUUUGGGGACGCGCAUUAUAGUUGAUUUGGAUACCAUGAUAUUAUCCUCUUGAUAGCUUAAUACUUCUAUCCUAAAAUCAGUAUCCUUCAUUUGGUUGUAUAUUCGCCUUAGAACCACGAUAAUGUCGCGGCAAUUUUGCGACUGCCUAGGGGACACAAAACUAUACAUUGAAAGUGCAUUCGGAAUGCAAAUUAACAAUUACAUUCUGACACUCGAAGGAGUCUAUAGAACACUAUGAAUAAAAGCAGUCAUACCAUAUGACAUGAAGCGCUGGGAGUAC